GUCGACAUGCUGAUAACUGUGCCAUCGCCGAUGAUUACCAAUUUCUGCACCCGCUGAGAAGCACUCCGGACAUAAUUCGAUGUCCGGACAGUCAUUGCAUCGAAGCCGCAGAUUUGUAACAUCUGCAAGACAGUUCACACAGUACUUCUUCCCUAGAUCGGCCAUGUUGCUGAAUCCUGGUUGUUGUUGGAAGCAGCACAGCCGCUGGAGGGGGGCAUGCGUACUGGUGUAUCUCCGGUCAGAGUACUGCGUCUCAUUAAUAUUAAUGACCCAUUCGCAAACGGUUGUGAUUGGCUUACACACCAGUUUCCAGGACAACUCAUAACACCGAUGGUUUUCAUUGACGAACAUUACAGACUGUUUCGAAGUUAGCCGUAGGCUUUCGUCACCGUGUUUUAUUAUUGAAAAUACUAAAAAUAUCAAGAAUUUAAUGAGAGGCUUUACAUAUAGUGUUCAAUAGGACUAGAUUUACUCAUUGAGAUUGACUCAUUUAAAACUCGAAAAGAUUAGAUAACAAGCAGUUCCAUGGAUGAACAGCCAGAGCAAAGUGAAAGUGACCUAAGCCUUGGAGUUGAAAACACAGACUUGAAUAAUGACGAGCCAGUCCAGGAAACACAAGCUAAUGAGACAUCAGAAAAGGGCCAAUCUCCUUCUCUUAAUGCCAAUGCUGAAAAUGCCCUGGAUCAGAAAACAGGAGAGGUUGAUGAAGCCACGUCAACGGAGGCCCUGGCUGAGACAGGUGUGGCAGGAGGAGACACACCUGAGCCCGGAGAGGACGCCGGAGACGAGGCGCCCACGGUAACCGACCAGCCCGCCAGCGUGGCGUUCGACGAGGGCGACGGCCCAGAGGCGACAGACCUCAACGGGGAACCCCUCUCCCGUGACGGGAGCGUCAUCCUUGAGGUGGAGCAAGACGACAACAGCGACCACAGCCCUGUGCUGUUGGAACUAGGGACGCCGAAGAGAGGGAGCUGCAGCCCGGAGCCGCAAAGUGAGAAGAUAGAAGAGCGGCCCCCUCCGGCUGAGGAGGCAGCCCCGAGGAUCAACUACAAGGAGCAAGUGAACCUUCUCCACGAGCUCCAGAUGGAGAACGAGAAGCUGAGCCAGCUGGACAGCCAGCUGCAGAUGAAGCUGGUGGAGUACAUCCGGAAGAAGACCGGGGACGAUACGCAGAAGGAGAAGGCUGCGUUGGACCAGGAGCAGCGUUACCAGAAGUACAUGGCCAUGAUGGCAGACCUCAAGUUGCAGCACCAGCGUGACUCUGAGGCGGGGCGGUUGCAGGCGGAGGACUUGAGGCUGCAGGUCCAAGAAAAGCUGAUUCAGGUGGAGAGCGAGUGGCAAAGCGUCAUGGUGUUGAAGCGCGACGUCGCCGUGGCGGCCCUGAGCCGGCGUCUGGGGAAGCAGGCGGCGCAGGCGGAGGUGGAGCAGAUCCAGGCGGCCGAGCAGCGGCGGGAGAACGAGCUGGUGCGCGUGCGCCUGGAGAACAUCAAGCUGAAGAACAAGACCAAGAAGUACGAGGCCACGCUGCGCGCCAAGGAGGAGCUGGCCGAAGGGCUCCACCUCAUCGACUUCGAGCAGCUGAAGAUCGAGAACCAGACGUACAACGAGAAGAUCGAGGAGCGCAACGAGGAGCUGCUGAAGCUGCGCAAGAAGAUCACCAACACGGUGCAGGUUCUGACCCAUGUGAAGGAGAAGCUCCAGUUCGUCCAGACGGAGAACCUGGCCAAGCGGGCCCAGCAGGCUGACGUGGAGGCGGUGUUGGCCUGCAGGCGGGACGUGCUCACCAGGACCAAGCAGGCCCGCGACGGCCUCCGCACGGACAACCUGCGGCUGCGGCAGCGCAGCGGCCUGCUGGGGAACGAGACCCUGCUGAGGGACUUUGAGGAGAAGGUGGACGCCUCCGACGGCCUGGAGGAGAGGCUGGAGAGGCUGAAGCGCCGGCACGCCGAGCUCAUCCUGAAGUGUGCCGGCGUCAAGAAGAAGCUGGAGCAGACCAAGCCCCAGUCACAGUGAGGAGAGCCAGCACACACACACACAUUGGUAAACACACACACACCUACGUACACACACACACACACACACACACAGGUACACACACAGGUACACACAAGUACACACACACAGGAACACACAUGACAUAGGUACACACUCACACAUAGGAGCACACACACAAACACAGGUACACACACACAGGAACACACAUUCACAGGAACACACACACAUAGGAAUACACACACAUAGAAGCACACAGAUCGACCAUGCAUUACCUAGGCACAUCGGGAAAAAACAACAUUGCAUAUAUUAAUAUAAAUACACAUUAAGUAAUAAAAAAUAACAGUAUUUGCUUUUAUUUGUUCUGGUUUGCAUUAUACAAAUUAAUUACAAUAAAUGCUUGCUGAAAGUUAAAUGAGACUGUUCUCUUUAAUAGGCAACAGAUGGCAGUGUUGUACAUAAAAACUGCUGGUUCUUUCGGUUAUGUCAGGUUGAGAUUCACAUGAUAGAGUAAGUUAACUAUCGUUCAUUUAACAUGUAUUUUAUUCGAAUCAUUGUCAUGCUCUCACAUUCAUGUUGCCGGUAAAAUCAGCAAUGACAAUAUCAGCAAUGGUGAAGGCUCAUCA